AUGGGGGACGAGGAAAUUAGCCCCACCUUUUCUGUCCAAUCAUCGGAUGCCUUCGCUGAUAUAAGUUCUGCAGUCACAAGUGAGCAUGUUGGCCCAUCCAUAUCUUCCCCAACAAAGGUAACUGUCAAAUAUUCUGAUCCAAAUGUUGCUACUGAGCUUGAAGAGACACACAGUAACAUCUUUACUUCGGCCACGAGGACUGAACUGAUCUCAGUUCAGCCUAACUUACCGGAGAAAAUCACUAUUCUGUCCUCUGGAAUAUCAUCGUCAUCAGAAGACACGUGCAGAUUGGAAUCGGGAAAACUACACGUCAUUACAACAAAUAUACAAGCAACCCCAGAAGCACAGCAUGCCCAGUUACUAACUGAUAUUGAAGCUGAAUUAGCUGAAGGCCUUCCCUUAAAAUCAGAAGCUAAUGAAACUACAUCAUGGACUGUGGAAGGCUCAGACAGUGGCAACAGAGCGGUGUUUGAGAGGCACUUAGUGACGAAAACCUCAACUGAAAGAAGUGAAAGCAGAGAGACAAUUGUUAUAACCAAACAAAUUACUCAUGUAUUUGACUCUUCUGAGCCCAUCUCUGGUGAGACAGCGUCAUCUAUACAGCGACUGAGAGACUCUGUGCACUCUGAGAAAAUGAGGUUCUUUGACGAUGCUGAGAAGUGAGGCAACUGGCAAUAAUUCAUGUGUAAAGAUACUAUUUCUCUUUGCCUAGACCUGAAUGUCAGAGGAGACAAGUGAAUGAAAACAUGCUGGAAACUGGGAAAGGAAGUUAGCAUGUUUAACUUACCGAUCACAGAGAACAAUCUGUCAGUGUUCAGGCAUUACAACAUGAUGGUGAUGUGCUGUGCUAUGAUGCUGACCUACAAAAAAAAUAUGCAUUCCUGUAAUUCACGCUGACAGUCUGUUGAAGAUACUAACAAUGUGUAUAACUGUGUCCUUACUUCAAAUUGUAGCAAGGCCUUAGCAAAUAUCCUUGCUCAAGAUGCAGAAUGUUUGACUUUUGCUUACCAAAAUCUCUAAAACUCAUUUUGCAGUUUUUCACUAUUGACUAAUUUACUUGUGUGUGUACUUUACAAAAUGAUAAUCACCAGUGCCGUCAACUAAAAUUUCUGACUGUUUGAGACUGAUGCAAAAAUCAAUUUAUUUUACUGACAUUCCAAAUUGUGUUUACAGUAAUUUCACUAUAACGCUUACAG